AUGCUAAUUGAAUUGUUGUCCUCAACAUUACCAUGGAAAGGCAUGACAAGGAGAGAUAGCGGCCAUCUGAAAGAAGUUGUCAGUGAUCGAGUGCUACUAGCAGGAUGUCCAGAUUGCUUCAGCCAAAUAAACAACCAUCUGAAGAGCCUUACCUAUUCGGACACUCCAAACUACGACACAUUUAGAACGAAAUUCACCAAGGAACUCAGCAAAUUAAAAAUAAAACCAACAGAUCCAUUCGAAUGGAAUGAGAAAGGAGCCAUGAAGGCAGAUGCACCGAAUGUACGAGAAAACGAGAAAGAUGUUAAAGUUGAAAUCGACAAGAUGGACGAUACAGACACGAGUCGUAUUGUGGACGAGUCUGUCGAGUCGGUGGCAAGCAGUGGCCUAUCGCUCACCACGGAUGUUGCCACUGAGAAUACACUCGAAAUUUUAAACCCUCGAAAGAAGUGA